GUCUGCAUGGCUUGGCUUCGGCAUCAAAGAUGAUGCGGUGCGUGCACAUUGCUGGACUAAUGCCUUUGAUAUUUGAGAUAUUCCAUGUAAACGCCAUCUUUUGUCUCUUAAGAAUGGCUAGGAGUUGGCUUCCUGGUCCAAAAUCAACAUGACGGAGAUUAUCAGCAAGUAAGUUGCCCAAGAAUACAUAGUUCAAAUGUUCUGGCAGUUUCUUCGAGUCCUCUUUUGGUGUAUACUCGUUCUCUGGCUCUCCCUUGACUUGCUCAAUGGACUCAGUGUGGUUUUUUUUUAAAAAAACUAUAUAGCAACGGCUAAACCCAAAAUGGGCUGCCUAUGUACCCCAAGUGGGGAUCAAGCCGUACGUAGUUCUGCUGAUACACAGUCUAAGUACAAGUCAACAACCAAGACAAGCCUAAGCUAUCAAAGUAAUCAACCUAAGGCAACAUGCAUAGGCAUCAACCAAUCACUAUCGACCUCAAGUCUAAGUACUAAUCCUUCAAUCAUAAGCUCUACCAAUCAAACAAAAUAGCACAAAAUAUGCUAAGUGUAGGUAAGCUAAACAUACAUAUCGAUGGAAUCAAAAGCACGGUCAACCCUUGGCAUCCACUCAUAGAAGACCUCGAAUUAGUAAAGGGAUGUCUUCCAUUCUAAUGUCCUAUCUCCCGAUAAAGAAGAAGCCGCAUUGGUUAGUGUAUCUACCACCCGAUUUCCUUCUCGUUAGAUAUGGGAAAUCCGCCAAAUGACAUCGCGUAACUGCAGAGACAGUCGGCUAAGGCACGCAUGUAAAUCCGCCAAAUGACAUCGCGUAACUACAGAGACAGUCGGCUAAGGCACGCAUGUAGAGUCCAAUGCCCAGACGAUGAUGAGAUCAAGGCUAUUUUGCACAUCGUGUCUGUCUCAAUCCACAAGGGAAGAAAGCCAUGCUCCACUGUCAAGUCGACCCCUCUAUAUGUUGUCUCCAACUCUGCGAAAGUAUUCGUCAUAUAUGUGGAAUUGGCGACUGAUAGGCUAUCAUCACUGCUCUUGAAGUAUCUCAAAUAAUGCCCGCAACACUCUGCCUAAACAACACUAAAUGGGCAGUCCACUCCUCCGACUUCCACUAACUAAGAGAACUCUCUUACAGGACUGAAGUUCUCAAAAAUUUAACAGAGUAAAAGCAAAAUGAACACGAGAAUGAAAUGUAUAUUACACUAGAAUCUAGUCCUAUAAAUAGAAGUUCGAGAUCGGCAGUUGGUGGGAGUUGAGUAGUUGUAGAGAAAGGCAGUUGGGAUGCUGUUGCAACCACUGGACAAUUAGGCAGUUAGAUGGUUGAUCAGUUGGAACUGCCCUAACUCUCAGUUUGCUCGCUUGGCUAGUUUGACAUUGCUGGGCACAGAUCUUCUUCGCUUGCAUAGCUUGGCUGGGCUUAGUUGAACGGCAUCGGCACAACUUAUGCGGUGCUAUCGUUGUUGGCCGGUAUGAAUGGCUUAACCGCUGGGAGAUCAAUAUUUAAAUGAUUCUGGGUGGCUUCAAGAUCUUGCUCGUCAGCAGUGGACAUCUGGUUGCUGACUGGGGCACAAGCGGAAUGUUUCUCACUUGUCACAGAAGAUGCCCUCGCUGGCCUUUCCAUACUUCUGAGCCAUAAUAUAGCUUAAAAAGUCUAAAAACAUUAAUAAUCUCCACAAGCAGUCCUUGGAUCCUACCAAACAAAACACGUCAAUAAAGUAUGUCAUAAAUCAGAUUUUCACGUAAAAAUUCAAGCAAUAUACGAUUUUAUCAAGCGGUAAAUAUGUUAUUAUUUCAAGUUAUAAAAAUGCAAUGAAUUUUCCUUGGUUCCUUGACUUUCCUAAUGUUAGAACCGACACCAUUGUGAAUGGUAAGAAUGAGUACGGGCAAGCUACUCCAAGUCUUGUGUUACAGUGGGUUAAGAGAUGACAUCUGAAUGGAAAUCUUACACAAAGUGAUUUGCUUUCCAUCUGACUUCAAGUUCUUAAAGGGAAGAGGAAAGGAACAAACGAGAAACAAUUUUGUGGGAUUCUGCAAAACAAGGAUAAUACAAAGCAUUCACAAUGACAGAUCUUGUUCCCAUUGGGACUAUUUUGGCUGUGCUUACCAAACAGAUCAUUAAAACAGCUCAAGCAGCCAAGGAUGUUGUUUUUGAGAAGGAAAGUUUUAAGGUUUUGGGAGAACACCUUCAUGACAUAGAGCCUGUCUUGAAGGAAUUGCAGUCGCAACAAUUGAGUGACUCACCAGCAACAAGGCAAGCUUUGGAGUCACUUGAAACUAACGUAAAGAAGGCAAACAACUUGGUCGAGAAGUACAAAGGCAGAGCUCGAUUCUACCUAUUAGUCAAAUGCCGGCAUAUUGUCAAGGAGAUACAGGAGGUUACAAGAGAGAUUGGAAACUCAUUGGCUGAAUUUUCUUUUGCUAAUGUUGAAGUCUUGUCAGGUAUCUCGGAUCAGGUGAACAGGUUACAGAAUGAGAUGCAACGUGCAGAGCUUGAAGCCGCUCAGUCUCGGCUCCAAAUUGUUGACAAGUUAAAUCAGGGCCUUUCAGAUCAAGUGUUUGACAAAGAUUUUGCAAAUGACAUGCUCAAGCAAAUAGCAAGGGCUGUUGGCAUCCCGGUGGAGCCUACAUCAAUUAGUAGAGAACUAGCUAACUUCAAAAAGGAAAAAGAAGAAGCUGAAAUUAGGAAAGAACAGGCAGAAGUUUUGUUCUUAGAACAGGUCAUUGAGCUGCUGUCUCGAGCAGAUGCUGCCAGAGAUUAUGAAGAACUGAGGAAACAAUAUUUCCAAAGACUCAAAGUGGUAGAGACAUAUCCUGGUGAAGAAUGCAUCAAGCCAUUUAAACCUUUCUUUUGUUGUAUAACUGGGCAGGUGAUGAUCGAUCCGGUUAGCCUCUGUACUGGUACAACAUGUGAAAGGGAAGCCAUCAAAACUUGGUUCAAGUGUGGAAAGACUACUGAUCCUGAAACGUUUGAAGUUCUUCAAGAUUUUUCUUACAGGCCAAACAUCCAAUUAAGACAGUCAAUCCAAGAAUGGAGGGAACUCAAUUAUUGUGUGAAGAUUAGAUCUUGUAUGACAAGAUUGCUAUUGGAUAUUGACUCAUCUGUUGAGGAGGCUCUUGAUGAUAUGAGAGAGCUUGUUAGUGAUAAUUCUAUCAAUAAGGACUGGAUUUCCAUCGGGGGCCUAACUGAUGUUGCUGUUACUACACUUGAUGGACGGGUUACUGAAUCCGUACAGAAGAAAUUAUUGGCAACAUUGAAGGACAUCAUUGAGGGACAUACUCGAAACAAGGAUAUCUUCAUUGAGAACCAGGGAAUUGAGAGAAUUCUUCCUUUUUUAGCAAUGGAUUCUAUCAUAUCAAAGACUGCUAUUGAAUUGCUGCAUGAGGUUUUACUUGAUACAUCAGGCUGGAACACCCGUUAUUGCCAGAUGCUUUCUCUACAUUCCAAUGCCAUCCCACUUCUUGUUUCCCUUCUUAAAAUUCCGGAGAAUGAAACUGCUAGAAUAGCAGAGGAAAUUUUGGUGAAGCUCUGUGAAACAGAUGAUAAUAUUAUUUGUGCUGCUAAGGCAAACUGGUUUGCACCACUAAUUUCUAAGAUGAUCAAAGGAUCAGUACCUGUAAGGAUAUCAAUGGUAAGGGAACUUGUUGGCAUGGAGCUGGAUGAAGAGAAAAUAAAGUUACUCGGUGAGGAAGGGAUUAUUCCACUGCUUAUCGAGAUGGCUUCUGAAAAAAAAAUUGAAUCAAAGGACAUGUCAUUACAAGCGCUCGUCAAGUUGUCAGCCUUCCCUCCCAACAAACACCUUAUUGCUGCAGCUGCAGGUGUCCCCCUCAUUCUAAAGCUGCUCUUCUCUUCCCACAUGAUUGCUGUUGUUGUCGCCAAAUGUGCUGAAAUCAUCGCAAACCUUUCCUCAAAUGGCGAUGGAACUAAAUUUCUGGUUGAUGAAUCAGGCAUUCUCCUCGAUUUAGAGCCUGUCACAGCUGGCUUACUGGCUUUUCAACAGAACAUAAACUCACUUGAUGUUGUUCGGAAGCCAGCCUUACGUGCAUUGCUCGGGAUUUGUCAGUCUGAAGCUGCGCUUGUCAAGUCAGCCGUUCUAUCUGCCAGUGGUGUCCCUGUAGUCCUUGGUCUCCUAGAUGACGCCAACCAGGAGAUACGUGAACUAGCCGUAAAUCUCUUGUUUCUUUUCUCUCAGCAUGAGCCAGAAGGAGUUGUAGAGUAUCUUCUCAAACCUCGUCGAUUGGAAGCUUUAGUUGGAUUCCUUGAAAGUUGUGAUAAAAACAAAGUACAAAUGGCUGCAGCUGGUUUGUUAGCCAAUCUUCCCAAGUCAAAAACAUUGCUCACCACAAAACUGAUCGAGCUUGGCGGGCUACAAGCGAUCCUCGACAUUAUUAAAUCUGGGAGCAUCGAAGCUAAAGAAAAUGCUCUCAGCGCUCUCUUCCGGUUCACUGAUCCAACAAAUCUCGAAUCACAGCGCAAUGUGGUGGAACUUGGUGCAUAUCCUCUGCUUGCUGACCUUCUUAAAUCUGAUUCAGUGACAACAAGUGCCCGGGCAGCAGCCCUGCUAGGUGAUCUUUCAAUGCGCACUCAGGAACUCAGUGUCAUGUCCCCCCGGCGUAUGGGUUGCAUAUUCAUACCCCGAGCACGUGUCAUGGUUUGUCCAGCACAUGGCGGCAAUUGCAGUGUGAAAACAACUUUCUGUCUGUUGGAAGGCAAUGUGGUACCCGAUCUUGUCAAGCUUCUUCAAGCUAAAGUCCACGCCACAGCCUAUGAAGCGAUUCAAACUCUGUCCACUUUGGUGCAGGAAGACUCUCCUUAUAGAGGAGCUGCUGUACUGCAUGACCAUGGAGCAAUUGGACCGACUAUAGAUGUUCUGAGAUGGGGCUCUGAGUCACUGAAAGGGGAGGCAUUGGGACUGCUGGAGAAAAUCUUCAAAUCAACGGAAAUGGUGGACUCAUAUGGUUCGAUGGCUAGAUUGCCUCUUGUGAAUCUUACAGGAAGGAGGAUUUCUGAGUAUGGACAUCUGCAGAGGAAGGCUGCUCGGGUCCUACUUCUCAUCGAACGCCAUUCCAGAUCUUCUAUGUCUCUAGAUGAUGCCGGAUCGUAGAAUGAAAACUUGUUAUCCAUAGAACAAUGGUAUCAUGGACAGACAUGCGGAAGCUGGAAUAUAUGAGUCGACUUCAAGCAUGGUUUUCGAGUCUUACAGAUGAUGAGCAACAUUUUUUGAGCUUUAAUCUCUCGAGGAAGCGAUGCAGUGUGGAAUUAUCUCACUAGACAGUGCCCAAGCACCUCUUGCAGUUGGAGUUCUUCGAUUAGGGAAAGAAAUGGCGUGCAUAGAGUUAACACCUUCGUUGGAAAGUUGCACGAGAUGUCUACCAUUUAGCAAAUUCAUUAGCUCUUGGAUGCCCGGUUAGUGUUACUUCAUGUAGGGUACAUUUGUCGAGUGAAAUCAAAAGUGAUUGUUUCGUGUUUUGAUUUUGAUUUAUAAUUUAAGUAGUUGGGUUGAUUAGCGACGAAACUAAUUUUGGAUACCGAAUGGGCAAAUUAUUUUAUUUCAAUUUUAUAUUUUCAACCGUUAA